CUCGAGCUAGCUAAACGUGUCUUAUCUAGCUCAUAGCCUCUGAAUCCCGAGCUACGAGUUCUAAGAUUACCGGUAGAAGAAGAAGCAGCAGCAGCAGCAAUGGCGAAGCCUUGCACAUUAUUGUUGGGGGCAAUGGUGGCGCUCGCACUCCUAGUGAGCCCCAUUGCCUGCACUCGCAAGCUCGGCAAACACAAGUCAAAGCCAAAGCCAAAGCCGAUAGGCCACCAGCAGGAGCCUGCAGCCAAGGCCCACAGCAACCACACCGCCACACCCUCAGUCCCGGCGGCCUACGGCUCUGGCGGAUGGUUGUCGGGCGCCGGCGCGACGUACUACGGCGCCCCCAACGGCGACGGAAGCGACGGCGGCGCGUGUGGCUACCAGACCGCGGUCGGGAAGCAGCCGUUCGACUCGAUGAUCGCCGCCGGGAGCUCGCCGCUUUACAAGGGAGGCGAGGGCUGCGGCGCCUGCUAUGAGGUUAAAUGCACGAGCCACCCGGCCUGCUCCGGCCAGCCGGCGACCAUCGUCAUCACGGACCAGUCUCCCGGCGGGCUGUUCCCCGGCGAGGUCGCCCACUUCGACAUGAGCGGCACCUCCAUGGGUGCCAUGGCGAAGCCCGGCAUGGCCGACAAGCUCCGUGCCGGCGGCGUCCUCAGGGUCCAGUACAGGAGGGUGCCGUGCAAGUACAGCGGCGUGAACAUCGCGUUCAAGGUGGAUCAGGGCGCGAACCCGUUCUACUUCGACGUGCUCAUCGAGUUCGAGGACGACGACGGCGACCUCAGCGCCGUCGAGCUCAUGGAGGCCGGCAGCGGCGUCUGGACGCCGAUGGCGCACAACUGGGGCGCGAUGUGGCGCCUCAACAACGGCAGGAAGCUCAAUGCGCCAUUCGGGCUUCGGCUCACCUCCGACUCCGGCAGGGUGCUCGUCGCCAGCAACGCCAUACCCGCCGGGUGGAAGGCCGGGAAAACGUACCGCUCCUUGGUGAACUACCCCUGAUUUUUCUCUGCGUAGCUGUGCUUGGCUGGUCAUCGAUCAGUGCAUGGCGGGAAAUGUGCGUCCGGGUGUUGCGAGAGGCAGUUGUAGAAGAGGAAGAGGAGAUUGAAGAAGACAGAAAAUUGUGUUCUUCCCUCCGUCCCUCCACCGUCG